AUGGAUGAAGAGGAUCGCUUCUCCGCCAGCUCGGCCGAGUCGGAGCGCGGCGACGAGCCCGACGAGCCCAUGCAGGACGCCGACGAGGCCAACAACAACGACGCCGACGCCGACCCCGAGGAGGACAACAACGACGAUGCAGACGCCGACGACGACGAUGACGAGGGCGAUAACGAGGCCGACGACGAUGCCGCCGCCGCCGCCAACGCCAACGCCCCGGCCGACGACGCGCAAAACGACAAUGGCCCUCACGAGCCGCCGCGCCCCAAGUCGAGCAAGUCGGCCACCCCUUCGCCCUCGGCCAUGCCCUGGCGCCCGACCGUCCGCCCCGAGGCGCUGACGGCCAAGCUCUACGACAUCGUCCCGACCAUGGCCGCGCCCCAGUCGACGAGCGUCAACGCCAUGGCCAUCACCCCCGACCUGCGCUACUGGAUCACCGGCGGCUCCGACGGCUACAUCCGCAAGUACGACGGGCCCGGCACCAUCAACGGCAAGCUGGCCCUCACCGUCGCCCAGAAGCACCCCUUUGUCGACAGCGUCACCAAGGCCGGCAUCCUCAUGUCGUAUUGGGAGAACGAGGAGCCCGCGCCCCCCGGCCGCGGCGACCAGGACCACGUCCUCUCGCCCGUCUACUCCCUCGCUGUCCACUCCCACGCCCUGUGGCUGCUCUCGGGCCUCGAGUCGGGCGGCAUCAACCUGCAGAGCGUGCGACACGACGAGGGCAAGAAGAUUGCCUGCCUGCAGCAGCACACCAACGCCGUCAGCGUGCUGACGCUCGCCCCCGACGAGAAGAGCGUCCUCAGCGGCGGCUGGGACAAGAACGUCUUCGACUGGGACCUCAACACGGGCCAGACCAAGCGGAGCUUCGACGGCAGCGGCGGCCAGAUCUCGUCGAUAGAGCUCCGCCCGGCCAGCGGGGACCCCAUCUCAGCCGAGGCCGACGAGCCCGUCCUCUCGGGCACCAUGGCCACCAACAACGACGCACCGCUGACCAACGGCGUCUUCCACGACCACGCCGACGGCGGCGGCGAUGCGGCGGGGCUCGGGGGCGGGGACGCAGGGGACCCCCAGGAUGGACAGGCGUCCCCCGCCCACGAGAGCCUCUUCGGGGGCAGCGACGCCGGCAGCCUCUUCGGGGAGACGGCCGGGGAGCAACCCUUUGGCCACGACGACGACGGCUACGGCGCCGGGAUGGAGAUGAUGGGCGGCGGCCACGAAGGGGGCAUGGACUACUCGGCUGACAUGGCCAUGGCGGGCAUGGAGGCGGGAAAGGCCGCCGACGGCGAGCAACCGCCGGGCCAGGCGCAGUCGCAGAUGCAGACACAGACACAGACACAGACACAGACGGAGACGGAGACGCAGCCCACACAGGAUGCGAUGGAGGUGGACGGGACGAAUGAGAUGCAGGCCAGUGGCGGCCCAGGGUCUGCCGGUGCGACUGCCGGCGAGAAGCAGGCAGACGCAGGGGCUUCCCCUCAGCCGGCGACGGCGGCGGCGGAGCAGGACGAUCAGGCCCAGUCGCAGCACACGCCACGGCGACUCUCGGAGGACAAGGCGCUCCUCAAGAGGUCUCAGUCCCCCUCGGCCGCCGUCUUCGCCACGGGCCAACCGUCACAGACGCAGCAGCAGCACGACCUGUCGCAGACGUCGGCGACGACCUUCCUGUCGUCGGCGAUCGACGGGACGAUCCGGAUCUGGGACCGACGGGCACCGAACCCCGUGGCGCGCAUCGGCAACCGUGUGGGGGUCCCGCCGUGGUGCAUGAGCGCGUGCUGGAGCCCGGACGGCAACAUGAUAUACGCGGGGCGGCGCAACGGCACCGUCGAAGAGUUUGACGUGCGCAAGGCGCGGCGGGGGUGGGAGCCCGAGAGGGUGCUCAAGUUCCCCGCGGGCAGCGGCGCGGUCAGCGCGGUCAAGCCCAUGGUGAACGGGCGGCAUCUGGUGUGCGCGUCUCAUGACAUUCUCCGACUGUACGACCUUCGGGAGACGCGGACGGCCAAGCACUCGACGGUGCCCUUCCUCAUCAUCCCCGGCCCGCCGCGCGCAGGCGUCAUCUCCGGGCUGUACGUGGACCCGACGAGCCGGUUCAUGCUGAGCGCCGCGGGGACGCGCGGCUGGGAGGGGACGAGCACCGAGGUGCUGAUUGGGUACGAGAUCAAUUUGGUCUCUUCAAAGCAGCUCACGACCUUCUCCGACUUUCGAGCCAAGGAGACGGGCGACUUCCUCAAGGCGGUCCAGUAUGCGCAGUACCUCGAGGACUACGUCACGCACUUCAAGCUGUGGCCGCACAUCAACCUCCUGACGCGCGUGGUCGAGGUGCGCAAGCGGCCCGAGGGCGGCCACACCAUCUUGUACCAGCGCGUCAAGGACCAGCGGCACAGCGGCUUCGAGAGGGACACCGACGGCGACGUGCAGGAGUGGGACUGCGACGCCGUGGCCGUCUGCUCCGGCCUGCACGUGCUGCCCAACAUGCCCAAGAUUCCCGGGCUGGAGCGCGUCCCCGAGGUGCUUCACUCGUCGCAGUUCAAGGCGCGCUCGCAGUUUGGAAAGGACAAGACCGUCGUCGUGGUCGGCACGGGGGAGACGGGCGCCGACGUGGCACACCUGGCCAUCACGUCGCCGACCAAGAGGAGGAAUCCCGGCCCCGUGCUGCUGCCGUGCCUGGGGAGGAAGCUGAACCCCAACGAGCCGGGCAUUCCCAUCGACGUCAGCAGGACGAACCUCUUCGACACGACCUACGUGCACCCGAUCCUGCGCAACAGCUUCGUGCUGUGGGAGUACUACCACUGGUACGUCUCGUCGCUGCUCUGGGUCUCGGCCGGGUCGAACUGGGGCAUGGACCAGUGGGUGGGAGAGAUGCCCCCUGAGCGACACCACCCAGCUAGGAUCUUCUUCAACAAGACGGCCAUGAAGAUUUGCCCGUACAUCAGCGGGCCCUACAAGGCCAAGUAUCAGAAGAGCUGGCUGUACCGCAUCCGCAAGGCGCUGAUGCAGACGCCCAUCCCCGAGGGCAACGGCCGGGUGAUUGACCUCGCGCCGUGGCCCAAGGCCAUCAACGAGGACGGCACCAUGACCAUCACCAACAACGGGCGGCCCGAGUACGAGCGGCUCAAGGACGACGUCAUCAAGCCCGACAUCAUGGUCUUCGCAACGGGCUACUCGCAGAGCUUCCCCUUCUUCAAGGCCAAGGGCAAGGACAACAAGAUCGAGUACCCCGUGCCCAACGAGGCCGACGUGCGCAACAUCUGGAAGCGCGACGAGCCCGACGUCGGCUUCAUCGGGUUCCUGCGCCCGGGCCUGGGCGCCAUCCCGCCGCUCGCCGAGAUGCAGGCCCAGCUGUGGGUGUACAACCUCCUGGCCGGGGAUCCCCUCUCGGCCAAGCUGCGCCCCGAGGACGAGCCGCACUACCGGCUGCAGCCGCUCAACAACGCGCGCAUCCACUACGGCGUCGACCACGAGAGCUACGUCUACCAGCUGGCCAUGGACAUGGGCUCCGCGCCCGGCGUCACCGACCUGCCGCGCAUCCUGCUGGGCACGACCGUCUACGGCGGCGGCGGCACGCUGGCCUGCGGCCGGACCUGGUUCCGCAUGCCCAUCGUCUGGGCCCUGGGAGCCAACUUUGUCACCAAGUUCCGCCUGCAGGGCCCGUGGGCCUGGGACGGCGCAAAGGACAUGAUGGCGAGCAAGGAGUUUUGGGAGACGAUUACCCGACGGCCGUACUUUUUCGGCCACAUCGUCGUCAACAUGCUGCCGCUGGCCGUCUUUGGACCCAUGAGCUUCGCCGUGUGGUGCUACGCCACCGUCAUGGAGGUGUUCGCCUUCCUCUUCGGCCUGCAGCCCGGCAGCGGCGCCUCGCCGAGCGGCGCGAGGCUCAGCGCGCUCACGCUCGUGGCCGCCAUGGUGCUCUCGGCGGCGUACCUGUUCCAGGACGCCAUCCCGGGGCGGGACGGGCUCGGCUCCGGGCUCGGCGGCUUCGGGACGGGCGUGGGCGACGCGUGGCGAGGCAUGCGGGCGGCCGUCCCCAGCGUCGGGGCUGCCGGCCCGCGGCGAUGA